UGUUUUUUAUCAUCUGACAUCUGAUGUGUUAUUGUCCGUGAUUUUCAAGUUUUUCUAUGGAAAUUGUAUGUUUUCCUCGUGAAAUUCAACUGAAAUGUUCUGCUCGUGGCUUCAGUGACUCCAUUCAGGUGAAAUUGUCGUGAAAUAGAGGAAAAUCAUCUGAGGGUGUGGAAAUGGCACCGGGAGCCAAUACAAAUGCACCCGGCGGUGGUCAGGGCAGCGCUAGACGCCAGACGGGCGCCGUGCCAAAGACAAAAACGCGAAAGAACUCGAGCGUGCCACAGGAAGUCGUCGUGCCCACGCGAAGAGAUCUUCAGCAGCACUUGAAUGAUCUCGUGAACAAUCUGCAGCAUCAGCAGCCGGAGGAGAGUCUAAUCAGAAGGAAUCGCCGCACACCUGGCGAGGGCGGCUGCUUCGAAUUGGAGAACAUCUCACUUCAGGAGAACAGUCGCUUCAUUCCUGUGCGCCCAAUUCUGCGUCGAAAUCUCCUGCACGAUGAUCUCAGCGAUCCACUGAGCGGCGGCCACAGCUUGCCCAAUCCGGCGACUAUUGGCGUCGUCAUUCCCACGACGCCCAACACAGUGAACGAAGUGCGCGCGGCGCCCGAAGGCAUUCAGUCGCACCAGCGACACUCUGACGUGCCCACGAAUCUGCCGCCACAGCGCCAGAACUCCGUGCGCGGUCAAAUCGAAGAGCGCCUGACUCAGAUUCAAGACUACAUCCAGAUCACGUCCGGCCUGAUCAGCUCCAUUCGCACAGACAAGAUCAACGGUCCGCGGCCGCAGUCUGUGCAAUCGAUUCACUCCAGCACGCCGGACACGCCGACCAUUGAGGACCUGCAGCAGCGCCUAAGCUCGUCAGGUCGCAACAUGCAGAAUAUCAAGGAGCAACAGCAGCAGCUUCUGCGGCUUCAGCAGGCGGCCAAGCAGCAACUACAGGAGAUGGAGCACGUGAGAAAUCAAAAUCCAACGUCGCACAGCCUCGGCCAGGCGGCGCCGCCACCGAACUAUGACACAGUGGAGGCGGUGCGCGAGGACGUAGCGAGCCUGAUGGCCAGGAUGCAGGCGCUGACGAGCUUCAUUCAUGGACAGAACGACAUGGCGUCGCUGCUGGGCGAGGACGCGGCCGUGGCGAUGGCCGAGCAGACGAUGCUGCAGAAGAAGCUGCAGGAGCUGAAGGACAGGAAGUCGCAGAUGGAGCAGCUGGUGAGUGAGCUGCAGAACAUGAAUGUGGAGGCGGACAGAGCCUUCGCCGAAGGACAGCAGAAUGACGUGGCGCGAGAGAGAAUUGUGCCGAUUGAGCUGCUCAAUGCGCCGGCGGCGGCUCUGCAGCCGAGCAUGUCCAGUGACAUUGAAUCGGAGACGGAGAACGCCGAGCUGGAUGGGCUGUCGGAGGCGGAGGCGGGCAGUGAGAUUGGGGAGAAGAUAGCGGAAAUCAAUGCGAUGAAGGAUCAACUGUCGCGCCUCAAGGACAUGAUGGAGACGGUGAAAUUGAUCGAGAUGAAGACGGGCGGCGCCGGCGGCGAGGAUAUUGAGGAGGAAAAGCCCGAAGAGACGCCCGAGCAGCUCAACAAUCUGUCCGGGAGUCAACCGGCGGCGGCCAAAGUGAGCAAUGCGGAGUUUGACAGGCCGCAACGCGAUGAGAGUGUGCUGAGUGAUCGCGUGCAGGCGCUGCACGCUAUGACGCAGGAUCUGCGCGCUCAGGCGCUUUCGCUGGUAUCGGAGAGGGAGCGCCUGAAGACGAUCAAGGACGAGAUGGAGCGUCGGCGCGACGAGAUGCUGGAGAAGACGUCCAAUCAGAGUGGCAGCACGAUCAGGGAAGUGACGCCGGGGCCGCAGGAGCGCGAACAGCAGCGCCUGAAGGAGGAGUAUGAGGCAAAGAAGAAGGAGUUUGAGAAGAUUAUGGAGUCUCUGAGCGCCAAUCCGCAGCCUGUCCAGCCGCCGCCACCUCCGCGGACGGGCUCUGUGCGUCCGUGCGGCGCGUGCUCGAAGCAAAUGUCUACAGAGUCCACGGACAGCACGAUGCCCAUGGACGCGGCCAGCCUCAAGUCGGGCAGCACGAAGAGUCUGCAGCAGAUCGGGAUGGAUCGUAGUGCCGCGAGUGGCGCCAGUGGCAGUGCAUGGAGAAAGACGUCACGGGAGAAUGUGGAAAUGUCGCCGGGAAAUGCCACGCCGCAUCCGCUGUCGCUGCCCACGAACCACUUCUCGCCUUGCAACUCUUUCUACGCCGGCCCGGCGCAGAACUUCAGCCACACCGGCUGCAGCGUGGACCACCAGAGUCCGCAGUGUCACCUGCAUCACCUGGCCAGCGAGCCGGCGCCCUUCUACGCGUGUCCGAGCGGGCGCGGCGACUCGCUGCUGCUGCAGCAAUUCAUCCAGACGCAGCAGAUGCUGAUCAACUCCGUAUCGCAGUGCAAUCAGCUGCUGUGGCAGCAGCAGCGCGAGCUCAACAACCUGAACAAUGCUGUACUGCUGCUGCAGGAGCGCCUGCUGAAGCAGGACGCCCACGAGGGUGCCUUGCCAGCGAUGAGGGCGGAAUCUGUGCCGCCAAAUAUCGCCACGUCGGCUGGCAGUCAGAUGUCGUCCUUCCUGCAGCGCGCGCAGUCUGAGCAGCCCUCUUUCUACGCUGGUGGCCAGAAUCAGUUCCCACCUCCGCUGUCGCCCGUGCGCAUCUAUCCCAACUACCAGAACCAGGUGAUGCGGAGCCAAGCGAACGGCAGCGGCAGCAACAAUGUGGUGAACAAUCGCGUGGCGCGCGUGGCCGGAAAUGUGCAGCAACAGAGUCCGGCGAACGGAUGGACGAGUGAUUUUGGCAAUCUCAAUCCCUUCAGCAGUGCCAGCAAUGCGAGUCAAGGCAAUCAGCAGCCCGUGCUGCUGAACAACAAUCCCAAUUCGCUGCUCAAUGCGCAAUCCUCAUCGACGCCCAUCUUCAUUCACCACAACAACAACACGAGCGCCGGCAACACGGCCAAUCUGCACCAGAAUACCGCCGUGAACACAGCGUUUGCCACGCACGUUCCGCCGCCGGCGCUCAACAAUCAAGUGGCGCCAGGCAAUCGCGCCAACAAUUAUUGGGACAACUUCCGAAGCUACUCACGGCAGAAUUUACUGUCGGGCAACAGUUGCAAGAGCAAUGAGGAUUCCUGCUCAUCGUCGUCAUCCAAUUUUCCCUUCAACACUGACUAUCGCGCGCCGAACUUCCGCAAUCCGGCAAACAAUUUGCCCGUGCUGGAGAACAAAUUCGAUCACCAUCGCUUCCGCAAUGAGGUGAAUCAGGUGAAUUGUGUGCCGCCUCACGAGGUGCCACUGGAGCCACCGGAGAUGCCAUUGAUGCCCGGCGUUGAGAUGAAUCCGCUAGACGUGCUGGGCUUUCACACGAAUCCCAUCAAUUUGGGCGUGAGUGAGUUCAGCGCCAAGUCGAAGACGCAAGCGAAGGGAAAUGGCAACAAGAAGCGCUCGCGACGGCCAACAGAUCGCAACAUCCUCGCACCGAAUCCCGAUAGUGUGGCUGGCGAUGAUCGCAAUCUUGCCAGCGCAUCGUCGGGCAGGAAUACAAAGUCCACGUCGAAGUUCUUCGAGGAGCUGAAGGAGAAUGUGUAUAUGGAAGUGUCGGCACUGAUUGCGGCCAAUGAACUGCGGCCAUACUUCCUCAUUCAACUGUUCCGCGAUUUGCAGCUGAUGUCGUCGGAUCCCAUGCGCCAGCAGACGCUGCAAUCAAUCCAGGACUUGUACAACAGAUAUGUGGAGUCGACAAUUCACGAGGAGGCGGAGGCCUAUGGCUCAUCGGCGGCCACAAAUGCCGCCGAGAGUGAGAGUGUGGCCAAUCAGCCGCCAGAGGAGCAACAGCCAGAGGCUGGAACGGGACAUUUUGACUUCCAGUCAUCCACUCAAAGCACACCAGCCCGCUCUGCCGACAAUCCUGUUCAGCCUGACUACGAUAUGUUGCGAAUUGUGGCGCAGGAGGUGUCCGAAUUCCUGCAGACGGUGGAGAUUGUGAAUGAGGCGGCGCUGCAGCGCAUUGGCACCAUUGUCCUCACGCACCUCAACAACACCAUCAAUGAGAAGCUCACGCUCAGCAAGUACUACAUCAAUCAGGAGGACUUCAUGCGUCACUUGUCCGCGUGCAGUCGGUCGGGUGGCAAGGAGGAGCUGCUGGUGAGCAUCGAGAGCUACCUCACGGAUCUCGUGGUGCCUCAGGGCGGUCAGGAGGAUGCCUCGGAGUGCGUCGAGGGCGCCGUUGGGGGCGAAAUGGAGGGCUACCUGCAGAUUUCCGCGGCUCAAAGCCGCCCUGAGGAUGAUCUCGUGCACGUGACGGCCAUGUUCAGUGGCAUCCCGUGCAAUGGCGACCUGGCGGAGGCGGACCAGGUGUGCAGCAGCGAGAGUCUGUACGAGGAGGAAGUGUACACGAGCCAGCCGGCGACGCAACAAGGCGAGCCGCGACGCGAGGAGGAGGGCGUCUGGAUCUCUGACGAGGAGGUGGAAAUCAUCUCCACGAACGGCAACUCGUCGUCCAAUGGGACCGAAGGCAAGCCGUGAAUCUCUCUUAUCCGAUAAGACACACUCUUGAUAGAUUCAAUUAUAGAAAUAAUAUGGCAUUUAACUUUUUCCCCACUUCCGCAACUUGUCCGAAAUUAGCCAAGUAGAUGUGAAUAAAAUUAGCAGUGUUUUCAUGCAA